AUGUCCCCAGUGCUUCCACAGGUCGUCGCGCCACUCUGCCUCGGUGUAAUAAUACACCUGGGUCUCUUCAUCCGCGGUGAAUGGCACGUCCAUGCCGCCAGUGUAUUCUUGACUCAUGCGCUUGUCUUUACUCCUCUGCUUAUCAAACAAUUCAUAUCUGAACCUGCACCGACAUAUGGAGUCCUUCUACCUUUCUUGGCCUAUUUCUGUGGCAUUCUUGCCAGCAUGGCCGUAUACAGACUCUACUUCCACCGCCUGAGAUCUUUCCCUGGUCCCCGCCUGGCGGCACUGUCAAAGCUAUGGCACGCUUGGUUGUCCCGAAACUCGCAGAGCCACCUCGUGUUGGACUCGUGGCGUCAGCAGUAUGGGGCCUUUGUCAGGACUGGUCCGAGCGAGAUUACCAUAUUUCACCCUGCCGGACAAGAGUGGCUAGACGGGCCCCUGAAUCGCAAUGCCAGGUCUGACUGGUAUGAUCUCUUGCUACCAAGUGUCCAGGUGUUUAGUAGAGACCCUGCGGUUCACGUUUCCCGUCGAAAGGUUUGGGACAAAGCUAUGUCAUUGUCUUAUAUGAAGCAGUACUAUAAAAAGAUCACCACCCAUGUCUUAGCACUCGAGAGAAUAAUCAGCGCGAAGAAAGCUAAGCCCAUAGUCAUCAACGACCUGAUAUACCGGAUGACGUUUGACGUGCUCCAAGAUGUAGGCUUUGGUACGAUGGAUAUCGAGGCCCAGAAGGGCGCUGAGGUCAUCGGGUCUUCCCUCAGUAUCCUUGGACCUCUUUCUCCUUCGCCCUGGAUUCUAAGAAUUGCAUUUGAUCUUUUCCCAGGCGUCUGGAGGAUUCCGCACUGGUUCAAGUUUAUCGAGCUUACUAUGGGUAUCGUGGAGAAGAGGAUGAAGAACGAGCCAGAAUCGGUUGACGUAGCUUCUUUCCUCAUUGAGGAUGCCCACCGCAAGGACGCAGAUCGGGCCAGUCGUGAAGCAGUUUACGGCGAUUCUGGCAUUUUAAUCCUAGCAGGAAGUACCACCGGCCCGGUUCUCAUCCUAGUCUUGUACUGCCUUGCCCGCUGGCCCGAGCACGCAGAGAAGAUCCGCCAAGAGCUGCGGAAUGUAGACUACAACGACAUGACGGCAUUAUCUGCGCUUCCACAUAUCACAGCGACGAUCAACGAGUCUCUAAGACUAUACCCCGCGGGGCCAUCCUUUGGAUCGCGGCAAACCCCGCCUGAGGGCCUCCAAUGUGAUGACGUACACAUACCCGGCGAUAUCAAAGUCAUAGCGCCACGUUACAGUAUUGGACGGCUUGAAGAAGCCUACGAGGCCCCGCACGACUUCAUCCCUGAACGCUGGUACAGCAAGCCCGAGCUUGUCAAGGACAAGAGAGCCUUUGCCCCUUUUGCCAUGGGUCGUAACAGCUGCGCUGGCAAAAAGAUCGCAAUGUCCCAGAUGCGGCUUACCGUCUCCAUACUCCUCUCCAAGUAUUCCAUUUCCUUCGCCCCAGGGACGUCCGAUGAGAUGUUUGUGGAGAAGGAGAUGAAGGAUCAGAUGACUGCGCUUCCGGGUGAUUUGGAGUUGGUGUUUGAGGAGCUGGAAACACCUGUGUGGAAGUGAGGUAAAGC